CGGUAUCGUAUUCGCUCUAUUUCAUUAUAAACCCUAGAAAUUGAAUUGCUUGUAAUCCCAAAUUUCAAAAUCAGAAGAUAAAUCAACAAGAAAGAGAGAAAGGGCAUCAUGGGGCUAUUUUCUAAUCGGAUUAAAAGGGAGAGCUUGAAACCAGGAGAUCAUAUUUACUCAUGGAGGGCUGCUUAUGUUUAUGCUCAUCACGGAAUUUAUAUUGGGGAUGAUAAAGUGGUUCACUUUACCAGACGCGGUCAAGAAGUAGGAACAGGAACAGUGCUGGAUGUCCUCUUAGUUAGCUCAACACCAGCUAAAUCUCAUGUGACUUGCCCCGAAUGCACUAUGCAGGAAGAUGGGCAUGGAGUUGUUCUCUCAUGCCUUAACUGCUUCCUUGCUGGCGGUAUAUUAUAUCGCUUCGAGUAUGAUGUCAACCCUGCUCUCUUUCUUGCAAAGGCACGUGGCGGAACCUGUACACUUUCUCCUGCAGAUUCGGAUGAUAUUGUUGUACAUCGGGCAAAAUAUCUUCUUGAGAAUGGUUUUGGAUGUUACAAUUUGUUUAAGAACAAUUGUGAAGAUUUUGCGAUUUAUUGCAAAACCGAGCUACUUGUUAUUGAUCAGGGAACAAUGGGUCAGAGCGGCCAAGCAGCAUCUAUUAUCGGGGGGCCUCUUGCAGCUGUUCUAUCCACACCAUUGCGUCUCCUCACCACCAAUGUGUAUGGAAUGGCGGCAACAGCUGUAGGAGUUUAUUGCGUUAGCAGAUAUGCUACGGAUAUUGGCAUGAGGAAGGAUGUGGUGAAGGUCUCAGUGGAGAAUAUGACAAGAAGAUUGGCGGGUCAGGCCGUUGCAGCAUUAGGUGCGCCAAUCCAAGAGACGAGGUAGUUUUUGAUUCUUAAUAACUAUAUUAAACUAACUAAUUGAAACUGACCUUUGUUCUCGGUCGUUGUUGGUUUGGUUUGGACUAAAAUGAUUUCAAGCAAGCAUGUAAGUUGCUGCUGCUUUAAAAUGGCUUCUGUUGUAACUUUACCUGCUUCGGACUAUAUUCGAAUUUAUUAUGAAGUAUGAUUCGCAAAUA